CAAAGUAUGCCCACCUUGCAUGCAUACACCUCGACGCAAAGCGGCGGACAUUUUGAGAAGGAGGCUUUAUUUUCGUUUCAGGAAAAAUAAUGCCAAAAAAAGGGACAAAUAAGCGCGUUUCGGUACGAUGUAAACGGUGUUGCACGAACUUCACGAAAAGCGGAACGAACCCGUAACAAGGUGCAUAUUGCAGGUGCGGUAAAUAUUCUGUGAUAAACGAACGCGCGACGUCGGAAGGAAAGCAGAAAGACAUCCAAGCAAGCUCACACAUCCCUCAUCGCACGCCUGUGGAUCUCCUUGAACAAUACGCUACGCAAGCAGCAAGUGUAGUGCAGAUACCUGGUGUGCUUUUAUCCUGUCGGUCGUGUCCUGUCUGCCGGAAAGAUUGGAGACGUUCGGUGCAUUUACGAAGCAGGUGUGUGAAUGAUGUGUUUGUUAGUCGUGUGGCCCUCCCGUGUACGGUGUUAUUAGUGGUCAAGCAACAAGGAGUGCGGGUGUUCGGAAGAAGGAAAGGGAAAGCAAUUGCAUCCAAUGCUGUGUACGUGCCGCGGUCGAUCAGAACCAUCGGAAGCUCCCGGCCAGGAUUACGCUGUAUUGAUUGCGAAGCAGUGAUUGUGACCGCAAAGAAGACUUCGAAUGAACCCGGCGGCCACGCACUACGUGCGCGAUGAACAAAGAUGCAUAGAUGUUAUUUGCAUCCAACAAGGAGAAACGCUAAUUUCAUCAAUCGAAGAUCACACGAUCCCUAUCGCCAAUCGCUGUAAUCCUUCGAAACACAGCUCCAACCACAAUCCCUAGUAAUGGAUCCCGUUGGGCCAUGGUCGUAUUCGUACAAUCGAAUACCGGGCACAGCCAGUGGGGAGUUCCAUCACCAUCUCGCGACAGCCGCAGCAGCAGCCAGCGGCACGGCCGGACUAACCGUGCAUCAUAAUACGACCGGCACUUCAGUCGGUAUACCAUCGACCACGCCGCAGCUGUUGCUACAAACCGCACACACCACCUCUCUCGGAUCGACGAGCGGUCCGUUUAACCCGCCCGGGUUUCUAUCGCCGGCUAGUGUUGCCGGGUACGAAACCGUCUUUACACCAUUGUUCCAUCAUGCGGCGACCGCCGGAAAUCCGAAGCCCGCUCACUACAGCACGACCAGCGGGGCCAGCGCCGCAGCCGGCAACAGCAGUACAAUAAACACACCACAUCGACAGGUGCUUAUACAGGCACAAACUCCUGGCGCUGCCAUAGCGGCGGCUGCGGCAGCUGCUUCGGCGGCCGCCGGUAAACAGCAUACCGAAAGUCUCCGCGAAAAUUACGCUUCGACGCAAGCAUCGGUAGCAGCAGUAACUGCACAUCAUCAGCAAAAUCUGCUCACCUUCUUUGGGCAGCAGGCAGUCACUUCCCAUAAUGGACCGAGUGCAGCGAGCAGCACCGCCAACACGUGGCAGGGCAACAACAACCAGCUGCCGAGUCCGUUCGGAAUAAUGCCACACGAAAAUGUGGUACCGUCGAGUCCUUCGUCCAACAGUAAUGCAAUAAGCGCGACUGCUGCCUCAACAAAGUACGAGAGCUUCGGCACGCACUACAACAACACGCUGCAUCAUCCACAGCAACAGCAGCAGCAACAGCAGCAGCAACAACAGCAACAGCAGCAGCAGCAGCAUCAACAGCAACUGAUAUCUCUCGCGGGAAAGGUUGCGGCAGCAGCAACACCAGUGACGGGACGAUCUUCCUCGCCGGUGGUGAACAUAGUGACGAAACCGGUCGGACAACCACCACCGAAUAACGCGACAGCAGCUUACUUCACAGCCAGUAGUAGCAGCAGUAGCAGCAGCAGUGCCGCGUACGAGCCAUCGCACCCGUCAAGUGGGUCAUCUUCGGCGUACCAGUCAGCAGCAGCAGCAGCAGCAGCAGCAGCUAACGUCGGUGCAACAAGUAAGUCUUGUGCUCCAUCGAACGAUGGUGGCGUUGGUCGUGAUUCGUCUUCGCUCCUGUCGACUGCAACGGGCGGGUUCGCGUCGGCCGUCUCUUCUCCCCUGCCCUCGUCUUCGUCACAAUCAUCCGCCCUCGGUUCCAUCACUGACAAGGGAAGGCACCCCGUUUCACCCGGUCUUCUGCCGCACCAACAGCAGCAGCAGCAGCAGCAACCACAACAGCAUCCGCAGCAUCAAAUCUUUCAGCAUCAUGCGCUAAAUCAUUUCACAAUGCCACGACCGUCAUCUUCGGAUCACUCGCCACCGACGACGAUACUUCAGUAUGCUGGCGGACAGAGAGUACGUUCGCCCUCGAUCGGAUCGCCAUCCUAUGUGGGUGGUGGUAAAACACCGUCACAAGUGAUUCUUAGUCAGCAGCCACAAUCGUCCCCGAUCAGCUACUCGAUGACGGACAGCAAUCUCCAGUCGAAAAUGGGCUCCAGUCGUCUCAACGGAACUGGCCCGUCUAGCAGUAAUAGCAAUAGCAAUAACAAUAGUAAUAAUAAUAGUAGUAGUGGUAGUGGGAGCAGUAGUAGCAAUACAAACGCGCAGUCUCAGCCACAGUCGCAGCAGCAACCACAGCAAUACCAGCAGAACAGAACCAGUGCCUCACUUAACUAUAGGUCCUCGUCUUCUUCGUCCGCUUCCACCCCUGGUAGCUACGGUGUGUUGCAAUUGGGGGAAUCGGUCGGUGGAGUGGAUGGUACGAGUCAGCAGCAACAACAGCAACAGCAGCAGCAGCAGCAGCAGCAGCAGCAACAGCCAUACCCCCAUCCACACAUGCAUCAUCACGCACCGUAUCAUAUGCUGGCCAUGGCUGCGGCUGCUGCUGCUGCUGCCGCCGCUGCUGUCAGCUCGAGCGCGAAUCCUUCCACCAUCUCCACCGUCAGCUCCUCUUCCCUUUCGCGCGUGCCAUCCUCCUCACCAGCUGCCGGUUCCACCUCAUCCACUUCGUCGGGCGUUUCUUCCGAUUAUUCCUCACCGUCCUCAUGCAAUAGCAAUCCACCGCGGAAGGCUUCUCCCACGAUACAGACUGGGUUCAAUGCGAUUUACGGUGGGAGCGCUUUACAGCAGCAACAAUCGUACCAGCAGCAUCAACCGACCUUCGUUGUGGACCAUUCGAAGGGACACGGUCAGCAGCAGCCACAAAUAGCGUAUCCCUCUGUUAUUACCCGUACCCAACAACCGCUGGCAAUGUCGCAUCAGCAAGUUGCGCAACCACAGCAGCAACCGCAACCAUUGCUGGAAACGCAAUGGCCUCAAUCACCGGCAGAAAGCAAACACGAUCCGAUGGUGAUGGUAAAGAAUCUUCAGCGUCCUACGCUAGAAGAAACGACCAGCGAAUCUUCAAGAACCGUCGUAACAGAAACGAGUAAAGCUACAAAAAGCUCCCGCAGUGGCAAUAGUAGUAGUGGUGUUGCAACCAAAUCCAGACGGAAAAAGACAGACGCAUCGGACAAAGCUGGUCCGAGGGCGAAUGGAUUACAGGACGAGAUUCAUCGAAGCGAUCGCAUUUCCAUCAAGUCGGAACAUGAGCCUGCCGAUGGAUUGGAGCAACGAUGGCACUAUGGAGUGCCCAACGGCGAUGUCGUUUUUUCGGUUCCCACUAGUUCACCUUCGUCGUCCUCCGCAGCCUAUUUUCCAACCUCUCCCCACUCUCAUCAUCAUCACCAUCACCAUCCGCACUAUCCUUACCACCCUCAUCCUUCGCUUCACCCUCUUCCACACCACAGUGGCGUUGUGUCGCAGUCCGAGGGAAGUACGUCCUCCCCAGCUUCUGCCUCCUAUACCACCCUCCUGAACAUACCACAGACCACGACCGCGCGAAGCGAAGACGAACGACAGCGAUGGCCGUCGGCGGCGUCUCAGUCGCAACAGUUGCAGGACAAAGUAGUAGUGCCCAAUAUAGAGGAAGAACUUGGCUUUCUUGCAGAACAAAAUAACGGUAGCGGGAGUCCGCGUACGCAACCGGCAACUAAACCGGCCGCCGAGACGGACAGCGAUGCAGGAUCGGCGGUGGCACCGGUGGCGGCACCGAAAAAGCUCAAUAUUCCCGACAACCUGAACAAGGGCUUUAUGGCGAGCUAUCUGAAGUUUCUGCAGGGCGAACGGGAAGGCUCACCGCCGCCGGUGAUGCGAGCUGGACGCAAAGCGACCUGGUCCAGACCGGUUCCAUCCACUCCUGCGGGACCGGCGAAGAAUAAUGCAACGACGGCGAACACGGCUGCCGGCACGAAGGACACACCGCCGGCCAAAGCGAACGAUGUUAGUAACGGUAUCCCAGCAGAGAGUGAGAACCUAUCCGCUAAUUACAGUAUUCCUGCUCUGCAGACUUCCAAAACGGUGGCCACUCAGCAGCAGCAGCAGCAGCAGGCGACGGCGACGGCGACGGCGACGGCGAACGCAAAUCGGAAGCGAAAGUACAACGUACCACCAUCAGCAUCGCCCGCCGGAAGCAAUCACGAAGCCACCGAUCCGCUGGUUGUGCCGCAACGGCGUGAAAUGUCGAAUCGACGGGCGAAAGCGAAAGCCGCACAGCUGCAGCAAGAAAUCAUCGCAGAAACUUGCCGCACGGCAGCGGGCACUCUGGCAGCGUCCGAUGCGCGUGCAGCUGAUCUGGACGAACUGGCAGAUUUUGCGCACGAUUCCGAUUCCGAUCCGGCCUGGACACCGGACUGCAAUAAGGAUGACGACGACGAGGAGGAAUCGCCGAACGGUAGAAAGAAGUUAAAGAAGCCAAAAAACGUAUUCGGCGGGGAACGGGCGGCCACCAAACAUCAGCAGGCACGUUCGAACAUUCUUUCAGUUGCGGUCGCAGGCGCCGGAAUAGCCGAUUUCGAUUAUGGCAGUGAGGAGGAUGGCCAUACGAACGGCCUGUCUCUAGCUAAUACGAUGGCCUCGGCAACGCCUGUCCAUUCACAGACGACGAUCAUUGGUCUCCAGCAGCAGCAGCAGCAGCAGCAGCAGCAGCAGCAGACCUCAACUACUCCUCAGCCUCAGCUGCAACAAACGACCAUAAUGCAUACGCAAACAAUUUCACAGCAAAGGCCAUCGAAUGACCAGCAUCAACAACAGCUGCAGAUGUACUCUUCGCAACAGCCAACGAUAGCAUCCCAGUAUAACAUACAGCAGCAGCAGCAAUCGUACAACAACACCGGGAGUAACAUAGUCCCCAACACGACCUCCGACACGACGAACUUUCAGGUGGGAGAAUUUGUAGCAGAACGAAGCGAACUAGCACAAGACUAUCCGCCAAUAUGGCGGGUUGAUGGGAAGAUGUUACUGCAAAAGUAUGAACCGUUCGAUGAUCAGAGUGGGAAAAUACUGUACCGCCAUGUUACCACGUACUCUGCGUGGAACGAGGAAUCGAGGAAAAAGUACGUCCGAGUCCCUGUCCAUUUUCGGGUGCACAACCAGCUAGAAUCGAUCGUCGAGUUUGUGCGCAGCGAGCUGCCAGCGAGCGCACUGCGGGCGGAUGCCCUUGCGACGCCCAGCCCGAACCAGCUGCUCGAGAAAUCGAUGGACGAAACGAAAGCGUACCAGGAUGUGUUUGAAGUGUACAUACAGACCCUCAUUUCGCAGGCACUGGAUCCAAACUUUUUGAAGGAAAUCUUCCAGGAGCAGGAUGACUAUUUCCUGUCGCGAGUGAAAUCGAUCGACAGUUUAACGGAGGAUCGGCGACGGCGCCUCGUCCAGAUAACGCCCUGGCCCCGCAACAUACUGAACUCGCUGGCCGUCUUCCCGGCGUACGACAUUAUGACCGAGCUGGGGCAUACGGGCCACGCCCUGCAUCAGCACUGUGUCGCCUGCCAUCAGCCCGGCAUUGCGGUGCGCGUGAUGCUGCAGGGCCAAACGUACAAUACGGCGACACUCGCGUCGACCGGCGGUCCGCCACCCUCCUCCCAUCAGUACGAGAAAAACUUGCAGCUGUGCCGGGAGUGUGCGACACGGUUCGAGCUGUUGCACAAAAUCUGCCACCAGAAGUACAUGAUGUUUGUCGAGUGUGCCAAGCGCGUCAAUCAGCAGAUUGCGAACGAUUCCAGCAAGGCGGCAACGGUUAUACUGAACGAACUGCUCGCCGACGAACAUUGGCUUUCGAUGCUGUUUAAGGAGGUGCGCAGUAUUUGGGCCGAGAUCGAACAUUUGGAGCGACAGUAUCGGCUUCAGGUCGGAGCCACUCAAUAGGUGAGUGACCUUGUUUCUCUCCUUUCGAGUGCACUUAGUCCUUAUCUGGUUGAGCCGCCGCAUUUAAGUCAUCAAACAAGUCUUUUCAAAGCUGUUUCUUUUUGUUUUCGAGGCCUCAAAGGUUCAACAAAUUAUUUCCUAUUGUAUCUUACACUUUUUAUCAUAUAAUAUCGUUGCAUUUUUCGUUCGUACCUUUUUUUAGUUAGAUUUACUUACAACCGUUCUCUCACGAUUAAUUAUAAUUAGAAGAAAUCGCAGCAAAUGUACAACUACAUAAAGAGCCACUCCUGUAAAGUAUAUGACGAACUUUAAAUAUAAAAAGAUAACAUUUUUAAAACAUA